CGACGCAGUACGAGGAAUACUGCAGUAGGUUCAGAAACUCAGAAAACGUACAUGGAAGUUUGACGAUGAAGAGCAUUUAGGGCAUGGGAAUGCAGAGAUUGUUCGUACGAGGAGGGGAUUUUCGCUCGAUGAUGAUUGUCAGAAAUUGCUGCUGUCUUUCGUUGCGACAAGCUUGUUGGUGGCUGACAGAGAAUUCGGAAGAGACGUCAUGUAUGCUCCAAAUUCGUUUCGUUUCUUCUGCACGAGAAAACUUGAGGAAGCUGCGCAGUGUGAAAGGAGUGACGAUGCGUGUCCGAUUUCUGGAAAAUGAAUAUAAUUUGACGGAUUUGGACGCUUGAUGCUAACCGUCGGUGGAUGAUCAGUGCUGCAAGGGUGGGAUGAAUAACCAACUUACGACGAGUCAAAGCAGAGUUUAGAACUCGGAGAUUUAUGUUACGUGAAAGCCGUAUGCAUCCAAACGUUAGGCCUGGUCGUUGCUUGUACAACAAUGGUGUCAGUUGCUUCAGGAAUUCGCACGCCUAGACAUACGUCUGUAGAUUGCUCUCAAUUACGUCGAAACUCUCUAUUCUUAAGGACAAGGGCCUGCGUAAUCAGAAUAUGGUGAGACAGAUGAAUUGUGGAACUGCAUCCUUCCCUUUGUCUUUGUACCCAGUGACGGCAGUUGUGGUUGGAGCGAGAAAGUCCGACCACGCGGUAUAGCUGAAAAUGAAGAUGUGCAAGUGAUCAUCAGGCUUGGCCGUUCCCAUCUUAGUUGGGAAUGAAAUUAUUUGCUGCUCGGCAAGCUGGAUUGAUCGUCAUUACUCAUGUGGUUUGACGGCCACAGUGAAUCCACAGUGGACUGCGCUCGAGAUAAUUGAAAUCAUAUACAUAUGCGAGAGAAACUUUUAGUGGGUUUCUCAUGAAAUGUGUUUUCGAUCGACAGGCUUGUCAUUUAUGACGACGAUGCGGGAUGAGAUCAAACCUAGGAAAACCUCCAAUUGUCAAGGGAACUCUCGCGGGUGUAUACCACGAGUGCGUUCGGAGUUUGUGUUCGCAAUGCAUUUACUCUUCUUCUGCACGCCCUCCCAUCACUAGCUACGUAUUUGUCAGAUGGGAGUGAGAUAUAUUUGCGCCGCUGCAGGAGGCCGUAGUACCGCCUUAUGAAAUGACAUCAAUUUCUUCCCUCGAUAAACGCAGCAGGCAGGAGCAGGUACUUACUUGAAGAAUGAACGACUUGCGACCUGAGGAAGGAGUCGGUUGACUUACUUGGAGUGUCCGAGAAUGACGGCAUGUAAAUGGGAUCAAGGGCACUUGAUGGCGGCUGUUUCGUGCUCUGCUUCUCGGUAGAAUCGAUGGAUGAGUAGUGAAGUGCCCUUAAGGAUAUCGGAGUUCUGUCAUAACCUUAAGGAACUACACUCGAUUGCCCACAUUGGCCAAGCCAAAUUAUGGAAGCCAUAGACAAGCUUCGAGGAUAUUUAGCCGUCGAUGCUUCCCAGCCAUGUGACAAACAGUGACAAUUUUCAGAAGUUGAUUAAAUGGAGGAAACCCUUCCCAGCAAGGAGAGCUGACCCUAAGUAUCUUCCUGGGAAACAAUUUCGAUGGAGACUCCCGAGGAUGAUAAAACGGAUGAGGGUCAGAUAAAUGAAAUGGAUAAAACGGACGACGAUCCUUUAAGUGAAAAGGAGAAAACGGAUGAGGAUCCUAAAAGUGAAAAAAGUGAGAAAAGUGAACCAGAGACUCCACCUUCCAGCGUUCAAAAGUUACUGAGUAUUGCACGGAGACAGAGCGAGCAGCUUGAACGGCUCUCCAUCUUAGCGUCCCCAAGAAAGAGUAUCAGAAAGUCGAUAUUGUCGGCAACUACAGCCUUUACCUCUGAAAUACAGCCUGUAGAGGAGCCAUCAGCAGACGUCGCAAAGCCGGCACGUGAGAGUGUCUCUCAGCCACUAAAGGAGCUACAGUUCAGGGCAUCGAUAUCUGCCCGAAAAGCAUCUCUCAGAAAGGACCUUUCGUACGCAGGAUACGCGAAGAGCAAUUUCAGACCUCAGCCUGGUGGAUGCUGCAUAGGAAAACUCGACAUAGAUGACGUUAUAAGACAUUCCAAGAAGCCUUUGAAAGAACCGCUGCUAAAGAACGUGCUACCUCGAGACAAGCAGAAUGCAGUGGCUGUGUUUGCACACUUAAUGGCUUACAUGGGUGAUCUCUCUUCGCGGGAGGACGAAAGAGACAACAUCUUGCAAAUAUUGUCUGGCGGUAUUCGGACUUUUGAAAUUCGUGACGAAAUAUAUUGUCAAAUUUGCAAGCAGACUACUGAUAAUCCAAAUAGCGACAGCAACACCAAGGGUUGGCAAGCAAUGGCCCUGUCUUGUGGAAUGUUUGCUCCUUCAUCGAGCUUUUUGCCCACAUUGGAAGCUCAUCUUGAACAGGUGGUGAAUGGCACUGUAGGUAAGGGCAAACAUGCAGGUUCAGUAACGGAUCCACCACGUAUGGCAUCAUAUUGUUUGAAGCGUUUGCACAAAAUAGAGCAAACGGGACAAAGGCACAUGCUCCCUACACAAGAGGAAUUGGAAGCUGUGGAGAAGAUGGGAACCAUUUCAGCUACGGUAUAUCUUCCUGAUUCAACUAACAAGACAAUGCCACUUGAUCCAAUGAUCACUACAGAGGAGGUGGUGGUUAAGAUAGUGCAAAUGCUGGGCUUGUCGGAGCCCAAAUUUUUCUGCCUUUGUGAAGUUGACACAAACCAAGAAGAGAAAACCCUCGGCUACAAGACUUAUGUGGCUGAGGUUCAGAGUAUGUGGGCUGGAAAUUGCUACCCGGAGGUCGUGGAUAGACUUCGAGGCUUUCGUCUCACAGGCAAGAAGGCCAAGUCACGUGAUAAUCGUGUACCAAACUAUGGAGAUGAUGUGCUGAAUAAGAUAUUCCAAAGGGGCAGCAUAGGUGACAAUCAGCCAAAAUUCCUAUUCAAGCGCAAUUUAUUUCUUGAUCACGACCCCGGAGUUGCCGAGACUACAAGAAAUAGGGAACUGGCUGUGGUUUAUUCUCAGGCAGUACAUGAUGUUGUAAGGGGUGCAUACCCACUCUCGGAGCAAGACCUACUGAUGCUAGCGGCGUUGCAAAUGCGGGCCGAGACGGGAUCCAACUCACCUCAAACUGUCAAGGGUUUGUCAAUUAGCAAGUUCCUGCCCAAAUUUUUCCUAGAAGAACGGGAAGAGGAGCGCAAAAGUGCCGUUGUAAAUAUUGUGUCAGGACUUCCACUAGAUCCAAGUCCUGCGACUCGAAGAUUUGACUAUCUAGAUUAUCUCAAAACCCGGUAUCCGCUUUCCGAGGCAUCUUGGUUUUUUGUGAAGCAAAUUCAAAACACUAGGCUGCCAGAGGAGAUUUUUAUUGCAAUCAAUGGAUCAGGUGUUUUUUACGUCCAACCAGAUUCCAAGGAAGAACUUCUUCACAUGACUUACACGGAGAUUUGCAGCUGGGCUUAUUCAUACACAACUUUCUCAAUUGUGACCGGAAACCUGAACUAUAAUGAGGACCACCGUCUUCUUACUCGAGAGGGAGCAGACAUUGGGAAAGCAAUGCAGCUAUUUGUAAACCGGCUCUUCUAGGUUUUUCAAGGUGUUUUUAUUUCAAGUGGAUCAAGCUUCCACAACGAGUUGAAAAUUCUGCAGCACUUGUCUGCAUGAAUGUGUAUUUUUUCCUAUGUAAUGCUCCUGAGUUCAAACCAUGAAUAAUACCUCCAUCCGUCUGACGGGUGCAGCAGAUGUGUGGUAAUGUUAAAUAACAACACGCGCGGAGUUGUCAUGUGGAUCCAGCCCAAGAAGUGAAAUAUAAAACGAGUGAAGUCGUGCACGGUACCAUGCAGCAAACCACAAGGUCACUUUGUGUAAGGCACGUGAAUUCCACAAUUACGAACUGUUGUCACAACGACUUCAUCCACUUCAGAAUUCGGGUCAAGUCACUCAGAGUAGCUUUAAACCAGAGACCAGUCUCGAGUUUAAUGGUGCUGUACUUGAACUGCCAACUUGACCAGAAAUCACAGCAGCAAGACUUGAGCAUAUAACUCAGUGCUCAGAGUUUUAGACUCCCUGCAGGAAGCUUGCGAGAGAUGAUCAUCGGGUCAUAAUAAAGCAGGAAAUCUAACAGGGGCCACCGUUAAAUCAGGUUUGCCUCAUACUGCAGGGGAAGACUCAAGGAAGCAACCUCGACAUUGGCAGCUUCCUUUGGAAGCUAUUGAGGGACCGUUUGUCCUAAGAUUUUAAGCAAAUGGUCUAAAAAACUGACUGUUCUGAUAUGAGAAUGAAGAAACAAACAGUUUUAGUACUAUUCAACAUUUUGGAGCUAUGUAACUUUCAUACUUUGCCCCAGGGCCAAAAAGCUGACAUGUACAUUUGCAAACCAGCUACCACUUCUUUCGAGCCACAUUGGAGCCUAUCUGGGUAGAGUGCAAAGGUGGAUUGAGCCCUUAGAAAGCUCAAACCACGAAGGACAGGCUACAGGGCAGAAACUGAGUGCUUGCAGUAAAGGCACCUCCACUCCUUACUAGAGCAUGUGAUAACUGAAUCUGUCCACUCAACAUAUAAGGCCAGCCUUCAAACUCAUGGAGUUUCAACAGGCAGGAUCAAGUAUACUCCAAGCCUUCAAUCUCUGAUGCUCAAAAUUUGAAAAUCUCA